GUUCAAAAACACCACAACAGGCGGGCUAUUGUUUUUGAACACGGAGGGAAGAAAUAUCAAAUUUUUAAUGGACACACAGAGUUUUGACAUGAUGGAAGGUUCAUCUUCCUCUCUGAAAUACGGACAACGCCUGAUGCAAAAGUUUGGAAAGCCAAUGAAUGGAGCACAACCACCAGAUUACGGGGUUUUCUGUUGUAACGAAGAAUUCAGCGACGUUAGAAUCACAGUUGGGGACACGACCUAUUUCGGUCAUCGCAUUGUUCUGGCAAGCACCAGUGAAGUCUUUCAAACUAUGCUUUCAUCUAUCUGGUGUACUACUUCUGAUCUUCAUUUAGAGGAAACGGGUGAUUGUGAGGAAGUUUUCCCAGAAUUCCUGGAGUUUCUCUACACCUGGAAGGUAAAACUGAACGAGGAAAAUGUCAUUCCACUCGGGCUAUUGGCUGAUAAGUAUCUGGUGAAAGAUCUAGCCUCCCUCUGCGUUGAUUUCAUGGUUGCAGAAGUCUGUAGUGAAAAUGCCAUUCCAUGGUUUAGAUUUUCUUUGAAAUACGAUGUCGAUGCCUUGUACGAUAAGUGCAUUACGUACAUAAGCCAUAAUUUUGAGCAUUUCAACAACAGUGGAAAAUUGGUGGAAUUGGAAACUAGUGAGCUGAGUUUGGUGUUGGAUUCUGGUGCCAUAGUUUGCAAGUCAGAAAUGGAUAUCAUUCAGGCGAUUAUAAGGUGGAUGAAGGCCUAUGAUCGACCAGUGCAGGAAACUCUGCGAGAUGAUAUCGUCAAAUUGUUUGGCAGUGUCCGCGCUCCAAUGCUUUCUCCGGACGAUAUAGAUAAGAUCGAAAAGAUGAAAGAGCUGCAGGAUUUUGUCAUGCUACUGCUUCCCAAGUUCUACAUGAGCUACAAGUACCACUCUUUUGGCCUGGGGGUACCGAUUCCACCUGAGGACAAAAAGUUCAAGAAUUACGUCCCACGAAUUUACACAGAUCGUUGUGGUACCACUUUCAACACCACCACCUUCUGGGAGCAUUAUUUCCAAACGCCUUCACACAUGUCAGCAAAAUAUGGAGCCAUUCUGAAAUGGAAAUACCAAAACAGAAAACCUAACGAGCUGGAUCUGCUUCCCUCCCCUGUCAGUGCCUUAGGUAAUCUGGUUCCCUUCAAACUGAGGGUGAUCCGCUUGACCAAAAGAGAAAGAAACGGCUUUGCGGAGGUGAAAAUUAUGAAUGAUACCGUAAACCUGGUGUCAACCUAUGGUCCGUGUAUCGACAUGGGAGUCUCAUUUGGCUAUGAAAAUGACAUAAAAAAGCAUGGAUUAACAGUCGUCAUUCUGCCAGACGGCUUCCCAAUAUGAUUUUUCUUGUUAGUUUUGAUAUAGAUUUAUCUAUUUUUAUUUGCAGUGAAAUAUAUAUGAUUGAUGUGUUGGUGGGGGGGGGGAAGUUGGACCACUUUGAUUUUGGGGUACUUAUUUCCAUAAAUUUUCAUGUUUUUUUUUUUUCAAAUGCAACAUGUUUUUCAAGCGUUAAAAAUUGUCAUUUAUAUUUCUAUAAUGAGUAACUGAAUUAUGAAUUGUGGUGAAUUUACUUGCAUUUCAGUCACACUUGUAACUGGUAUAUUUAAUUGAAAAAAAAAUAAAUCUCUAUUUUACUUCCAAGAAAUUUAUAAGUACUUAACCAUAGUUACAUGCAAGUUUCUCAUUUACUUUUUUUCAGAGGUUUAAUUUUAAUGCUUUAUGUAUCAAUUUACCACCAAAAUCUGUGUUCAUUAUUAAAUUGUUCAAUUAUUUUUUGCUGGAUUGUGUAAUUGAAAUACAUGUAUAACAUAGGGCAUUUCUUAUGGAAGGCACACUUCAAUUUACAACAAACUAAAUGAAUUGCUACAUGCAUUUCUCUAAUUCACUCAUGAAGGUUGUAUAAUAUUGCUUUAUUUAUUUAUUUGCUUAUAUCACAUUUUUAAUUUGCUCAUUUUUUAAAAAUUAUAUACAUCAGUAUAAUUUAUAUAUAAUGCAAAAAAAUAUAUAAUUUCUAUUUCAUUGAGAUCUAAAAUGAAUAAAAUUUGAUGAUAAAAACCUGGUACAUGUAAUAAUGUAGCUUCAAUAAUGUAGCCCUCUCCCCCCUUUUUUUUGCCUCUCAAGAAAAUAUCAAAAAAAAAAAAAUCGGAGAGGGCUACAUUAUUGCAGCUAGUAAUCAUGGUAAUUAUGUGGACCUUAUU